ACGCGUCCCACGCUCCAAUUGGAUUGUGUAAUGAUCGGAUAUGCAGUGUACAUUUCCAGAGGAUUUCAUUGGCCGCCUGCGCUGUGCCUCAGCAGCGGCUUUCAGGUGGUGCCCAGUAUAUGCAGUACUGAACAUUGCAUCUACUAAUUUACGUUUCUGUGUUAGCGUUGCUGUCAGUCUCAGCAGCUGGAAGGCUUUAUCCCUUUGCUGCAAUGUUAUAAUCCUGCACUGAAGCUACCGUUUUGUCUUUGAGUUUUGUAAGCAUUUUCUAUUGUGGUUGUAUGCGCACUGGACCGUAUGGAGGGAUGUCGCGAUGAUGGUCUGCUCUAGGAGAACCAAAACUUUGGUGUCGACAUGCGUUAUUUUGAGUGGCAUGACCAAUAUUGUCUGUCUUCUCUACGUCGGCUGGAUCACUAAUUAUGUGGCCAAUGUGAACACCAAAGUCCCAGAGCCCGAACUGGAGAGGAAGUUUGAAGAUGACAACAAGGGAGAAACUCUGAAGAUUAUAGAGCGACUGGACCGACUGGAAAAUGUGGUCAACCAACAUAUCCAAGAGGUGCCCCAAAAGGAUAAGGACAGUGAAGAAAAAGCAGGGGAGUCCCUCUCAGACUCCUCCCUGUUCGUCCGCUGGGGUCAUGACCUUGGUCCUGAGAGUCGCCGGGUGGCGCUGAAGAAGUUCCAGUACUACGGCUACAAUGGCUACCUCAGUGACCGCCUCUCUCUGACCAGACCCAUCCCAGACCUCAGGCCUGAUGGGUGCAGAAACAUGUCGUACCCCUCCAAUCUCCCCCAAGUCAGUAUCAUCUUUAUCUUUGUGAACGAGGCCCUGUCGGUCAUCCUGCGCUCCAUCCACACAGCCAUGAACAGAACUCCCUCCCACCUCCUCAAGGAGAUCAUCCUGGUUGAUGACAACAGCAACAAUGCUGAGCUGAAGGAGAACCUUCAACACUUUGUGAAGGAGACCAACUCCCAGCGGCCAGACUUCAUCAAACUGGUCCGUCACGACAAGCAGGAGGGACUGAUCCGCUCCCGGGUCAGUGGGUGGAGGACCGCCAGCGCACCCGUCGUGGCCCUGUUCGAUGCCCACGUGGAGUUCAACAUUGGAUGGGCCGAGCCCAUCCUGCUCAGGAUCAAGGAGGACAGAACGCGCAUCAUCUCACCGUCGUUUGACAACAUCAAGUAUGACACGUUUGAGAUCGAGGAGUAUCCACUGUCUGCUCAUGGCUUCGACUGGGAGCUGUGGUGUCGCUACCUGAAUCCGCCCAAAACCUGGUGGACCCAGCGCAACACCACCGCCCCUAUCAGGAGCCCAGCUCUAAUUGGCUGUUUUGUGGUGGACAGGAAGUACUUUGAGAAGAUUGGUCUAUUGGAUGAGGGAAUGGAGGUCUAUGGUGGAGAGAAUGUGGAGCUUGGCAUCAGGGUAUGGCAAUGUGGGGGCAGUGUGGAGGUUUUGCCCUGUUCUCGGAUAGCGCAUAUCGAGCGUGCUCACAAGCCCUACACUCAAGACCUGACUGCUCAUGUGCGGCGGAAUGCACUUAGGGUGGCCGAGGUGUGGAUGGACGAAUACAAGAACCAUGUUUACAUGGCCUGGAACGUUCCCCUACAGAACUCAGGGAUUGACAUAGGGGACCUCUCGGAGAGGAAGGCUUUGAGAAACAGACUGCUGUGUAAAUCUUUCAGCUGGUUCUUGGCCAACAUCUACUCUGAGAUGAGAACCUACAGUGACACAGUUGCCUAUGGAGUGUUGAAGAAUGCUCUAAGGAGCGACCUUUGUCUAGACCAGGGGCCUGACUCGGACAACAUCCCCAUCCUGUACGUCUGUCAUGGGAUGACGCCACAGAACGUGUACUACACGAACACGCAGCAGCUACACCUGGGGGUCCUGAGCCCCACCAUUGACGACGACGACAACAAGUGCCUGGUGGAUGUGAACAGUCGGCCGCGGCUCCUGGAGUGCAGCUACGCCACAGCCAAGCGCAUGAAACUCGCCUGGCAGUUUACUCAGGGAGGUUCCAUAGAGAACAGGAAGUCCAAGCAUUGCCUGGAGCUUGUCGAGAGCAGUGAAAUGGAGUUUGGCUACCAGCUGGCCAUACAGAAGUGUUCUGGUCAGAAAUGGACAAUCACCAACCUACUGUCAACCUACACUCGCCAAUGAGGGGAUCCUGAGUCCUGCAGGGGAAAGAGUUGCCCAUGGUGAACACUGGACCUGUGACUGACAGACAUAGUAGCUUUGCUUCUUAAAAAUAUAUAUAUUUAUUGAGGAAGGCAAGAAUUGAAUUAUAAGUAUGCAAUCUCUUAGACUCAGACAUAAUUUGAUCAAUAUUAAACAAUUCCUGGAUUCAUAGUGUAUGUGGGAUUUAAGUGUCAGAUUGUCUUUUGUUAUGCUGAAUUUAGCCUGGCAUUGGCUCUAAUAUACAUUAUGGAAUUUCUGCUACUGUGUAGCAUGUGUUUGACAAACCUUUCUUAUUCUGGUUUCUUUUGUGUCUCAGGUUUGUUUGUAGACAGAUUUUAUUAUAAGAUCAAGUGGUCGGGUUCGAGGAACUUUGUAAGUGUAUAUGCUGGAUAUUUAUAAAAACCUUCAGUAAAAAUGCUGAUGAGAAAAAUAUAUAUUCUGUGGCUGAUUUUCCAUCCUGAGUAAUUCCUUAUGCUCUUGUGAAAGUCAAUCAAUAUGGUCCAUCUCAGUUUUGUUUUUGUGAAGACACCUUAAUAGUCUAUUUGAUACAAUCAUUAUUUUUCACAACGCAUAAAAAUGGAGGUUUUUGCAAAGAAUGCAAUCAUUAUUUUCCCCAUAUCCUGAGAAAUACAGGACUUGUUGACAGCAGCAGCUGGGUAAUAAUGGAGCAUGAGUGAAACGUCCAGUAAUAAUAUCCUCUGUAUGAUGAAACAAAUGUCCUUAUGUUAUCACUGUUAUUACCAAUAUAAGGACACCAAUUUCAUUUACUUAAUGUCCUGUAUAUUUCAAGUGGGAAAUGAAUGCUUUCAUGUUGGUUUUCAUAUGUUGCUAAUUAAAAGUACUUUGUAGAACGAA